AUGAGAUUUAUUCCAUUAUUAAUAAUUUUAUUUUUAUUAAAAUCAGCAAUUGUUUUUGCUGAUUACGAAUAUGCCAUUUGUAAUAUGGUACCAGUAGAUAAAAACUCACCAUCAAUUAAUGGUAGUAUUCAAAUUUAUAAAGAUUUAGACAUAGAAUCAAAUACUAAAUUCUUAUUUGAAUUUUCCUCAAUUAAUGGCCUUUUGGAUGGAGAUUAUGGUGUUUCAAUUCAAACUUAUGGUUAUCCAGUAUCAAACUUAGGUGGUGUAUUUAACCCAGCAAAUGUCGAAAAAUCUUGCCCAGGUUUUCAAGAUUCAAUGGCUGGCGCUUUAUAUGAUAUUUAUAUGUAUAAUGGUGCAGUUUCCAGUUCAUUUUCAUACCAAUUACCACUUUUAAGUGGCGAAAAUUCAAUUAUUGGUAGAUCAAUUGUCUUCUACAAUGGAUCUGUGUGUCCAAAUAAUUUAGCCAGACUUUCUGUUCAAUCAUCUGUUCAAUCUGUAACUUCCGUUAUUGCCUCUUGUGUCAUUGGUUACGGAAAUGAUACUACAAGACCAGAGUCCCUUAUCGGUGUAAAUAAAGCUAGUGCUCCAGCUUUAUCUGUUAAUGCUAUUGCUGUUUUACAAACAACUUCAAGUUCAAAUGAUGCUAUUACUGGUCAGGUUUCUUUUGUAAAAGUAGAAGGUGGCGUUCAAGUUACUUCAAAAAUAAAUGGUUUAGGCAAAGAGGCCCAUGGUUUCCACAUUCAUUCUUUUGGACAACUUUCAACUAAUGGUUCUGCUCUUGGUGGUCAUUGGGCAACUACUGGACAAACUCAUUCAUUACCAUCAACUCUUCAAAAUAGUAAUACUCGUCAUUAUGGUGAUUUAGGUAAUAUCUGUGCUUUUGAUUCAGCUUACAAAAAUGCUUAUUAUAACUUUACUACUAAUUAUAUAAGUAUUCAAGGUGUUUAUGGUCGUGGAUUUGCUGUUCACGCUUCACGUGAUUUAGGUGACUCUAAUGUCGGUGGUGCUCGUAUUCUCCAAGGUGUUAUUGCUAUUGUAAACCCAUCUACCUCAACUAAUGUUAAUACUCCACCAACCCCUGAUUUUGCUUUUGAUAAUAUUUGUGCUGAAGGUGCCUUCAAUGGUGAAACCAACUCCACUUCAAGUGGUUCAGGAAGUGAAUCAGAAAGUGAAAAUAGCUCAUCACAAUUAGUUUCAUCCUUAUUUAUUUUAGGUUUAUUCUCAUCAUUAUUUGUUUUAUUAUUUUAA